UGAAAACAACUAAUUACUUAGUUGUAUGGUUAACAUUUGUUUAAUCUGCGAUUUUUUUUAUCCUUGUUUAGGAGGUGUAGAAAUGCAUAUAUUUUAACUUGGAUUAUGUAAUUAAGAUUGUAUGAAUAUUUAUAGGUCUAAUCGAAAGAGGACAUAAAGUAAUAGUAAUAACUCAUAAAUAUUAAGGAAGAUCUGGAGUUCGAUAUAUGACCAAUGGAUUAAAAGUUUAUUAUUGUCCAUUUAUUCCUGCUAUUUAGACAGUUGUUCUAUUCACUUAUAUUGGAACUCUCCCAUUAUUUAGAUAAAUAUUAUUAAGAGAAGAAAUACAUAUAGUUCAUUCUCAUGCAGCUACAUCAUAUUUAGGAGGUGAAUUAUUAUUACAUGCUAAAUCUAUGGGUUUUAAAACAGUAUUUACAGAUCAUUCUCUAUUUGCAUUCAAUGAUGCAGCAUCUUUUCAUGUUAAUAAAAUUCUAAAGUACAUUUUAUGUGAAACAGAUCAUUCAAUAUCUGUAUCUCAUGUUAGUAAAGAGAAUUUAUCAAUGAGAGCAUCUUUAGAUCCUAGAGAGAUUUCUGUAAUCCCAAAUGCAGUAGAUUGUAAUAAGUUUACACCCAAUCCCUAAAAAAGAUAUCCACUCAAUAAAAUUAAUAUUGUAGUUAUAUGUCGUAUGACAUAUAGAAAGGGUGUAGAUCUACUUGUUGAUGUCUUAUAAAUAAUUUGUAAAUAACAUCCUGAAGUAUAUUUUAUAAUUGGCGGAGAUGGACCUAAGAAAAGAAUACUAGAAGAUACUAUUUAGAGAUAUCAUUUAUAAAAUUAAACUGAAUUAGUAUUCAAUAAUUAUAAAUUUAGUUGGGAAGUGUUCCAAGUCAUUAAGUUAAAGAUGUCUUAAAUAGAGGUCAUAUAUUUCUAAAUACCUCUUUAACUGAAGCAUUCUGUAUAGCAAUUGUUGAAGCUGCUUCUUGUGGAUUAUGUGUUGUUUCUACCAAUGUAGGAGGAAUAAAAGAAGUGUUACCUUAAAAUAUGGUUUUAUAUGCUAAUCCAACUCCUUCAGACAUUUGUGAUAAAAUUACUUUGGCUAUUCCACUCUCUAAAAACUUUUAAGUUUAUUAAUAACAUGAACUUGUUAAAUAGAUGUAUAGUUGGGAACAAGUAGCAGAAAGAACUGAAAAAGUAUAUUAUUAGAUACUUUAAAAAUCAAAUUAAACAUUACUUAAACGAUUUAAAGAUUGUUUUAGUAAUGGUUAAAUUUAUGGAUUAUAUUUGAUGAUUCUCUUAAUCCUUGAUUUGGUUUUUUUAGUGAUCUUAGACAUUCUUUAACCUAAUCAAAGAAUACAGAAAUCUGUAAUUUUCAAUUAAGUGUAUAAAAAAUAAAAAGAAAAGUUUGGGGAUCAUUCAUUUAAAAGUGAAUAAAAUAUUUGA